AUGAAUAACACAAAUAUGGAUACAUUUAAAGAAGAAAAAAUUGUUCUUCAUCGUGUAAAAUUUGGUAUAUUACUCAUAUUAGAAAUUCCAUCAAUUAUACUUUCUCUGUUGUUCUUAAUAUUUUUUCUCACGCAUCAAACUGUUCUUCGUGUUCGACAAAAUCAAGGUUUGAUAUUAUUACUAUUUAUUAACUUUAUUCAAGUUACAUUCGAUUUACCAAUGGUUAUGCAUUUUAACCGUCUUGGUCAUGUUAGUCCAGCAACACCAGCAUAUUGUACAUGGUGGACAUUUAUAGAAUACACAUUGGAUGGAAUAAGUGAAAUGUUAAUGGCUACAAUAUCUAUUCAACGACAUAUAUUUAUUUUUCGAGCACACAUGUUUAAUAAUCGUUUGUAUCGAUAUUUACUUCAUCACACUCCACUUUUACUUUGUAUUGUUUAUCCAAUAAGUUUUUAUUUGACUGUUAUUGUGUUUAGUUCAUGUGAUGGAACCCAAUGGGAUUAUAAUUCAAAUGUAUGUGGUUUUGCAAAUUGUUAUAUAAUAUAUAAUAAAAUAUUAGCUACAUAUGAUUUUAGUAUGGAUAAUGGUUUUCCAAUUGUUAUUAUUAUUUUAGCAAAUGUAACACUUCUUAUUCGAGUUAUUCGACAAAAAUUGCGUCGUCGAGGAACAGUUUCAUGGAAGAAACAAAGACGUAUGACAGUACAAUUACUUAGUAUAUCUCUUCUUUAUUUUAUUGCAUGGUUUCCUAAUAUUCUCAUUGGACUUAUUCAGCAGUUAUUAAUACCUACAUUCUUGAUUGGAAUUCAGUUCGAUUAUAUUUUUGAUCUUCUUUAUCUUAUAUGUCUUUUAUUACCAUGGAUAUGCCUUGGACUAUUUCCAGAAUUUACUAGAUGGAUUCGAAAACUUUUAUUCCAUCGAAAUGCAGCACAUAACAUUGUCAGACCAAGAAAUAAUUUAAGUUAA